ACCUCUGUAAGGAGCUGGGAUCAAUCUGAAACUUCCAGGACUUGAAGACAGAUCCUGAGACGUCAGUAAACUGGCAGACCCCAAAUGUGGCAGCUUUUAGCAGCAGCGUGCUGGAUGCUUCUUCUUGGAUAUAUACGUGGUUGUGAUAAGAAAGGAAGAACCACAAAUCCUGAAGCUAAUAUGAAUAUUAGCCAGAUUAUUUCCUAUUGGGGCUAUCCUUACGAAAAGCAUGAUGUCGUGACUGAAGACGGUUAUGUACUCGGAAUUUAUAGGAUCCCUCAUGGAAAAGGAUGCUCCAGUAGAACAGCUCCAAAGCCUGUUGUGUAUUUGCAGCAUGGUUUAAUUGCAUCUGCCAGUAACUGGAUUUGCAAUCUGCCCAACAAUAGCUUAGCCUUCCUUCUGGCAGAUACUGGUUACGAUGUGUGGAUGGGGAACAGUCGGGGAAACACCUGGUCCAGAAAACACUUGAAAUUGUCGCCCAAAUCAUCAGAAUACUGGGCAUUCAGUUUGGAUGAGAUGGCUAAAUAUGACCUUCCAGCCACAAUUGAUUUCAUCAUAAAGAAAACUGGACAGGAGCGACUCUUCUAUGUGGGACACUCCCAAGGCACUACCAUAGCUUUCAUAGCAUUCUCUACAAAUCCAGAGCUGGCUAAGAGGAUCAAGAUAUUUUUUGCACUGGCUCCAGUCAUCACAGUGAAAUACACCCAAAGUCCCCUGAAAAGAUUAGCAAUUCUUUCCAGGCAAGUACUCAAGGCUUUAUUUGGUGAUAAGAUAUUCUACUCUCAUUCAUGGUUCAACCAGUUCAUCGCCACCAAGUUCUGCAACCAGAAGCUGUUCCAUCGUAUUUGCAGCAACUUCCUAUUUACUUUGAGUGGAUUUGAUCCCAGUAACUUAAACGUGAGUCGAAUGGAUGUUUAUUUGUCACAGAGCCCCGCAGGAACAUCUGUUCAGAACAUGCUACACUGGGCCCAGGCUGUUAAUUCUGGUCAGUUCCAAGCUUUUGACUGGGGAAACCCAAAUCAGAACAAGAUGCACUUCAAUCAGCUUACACCUCCCUUAUACAACGUUACUAAGAUGGAAGUUCCAACAGCAGUGUGGAAUGGUGGACAGGACCUUGUGGCUGAUCCCAAGGAUGUUCAGAAUUUACUUCCUAAAAUUUCCAACCUUAUUUAUUACAAGUGGAUUCCACACUACAAUCAUGUGGAUUUUUACCUUGGAAAGGAUGCACCGAAGGAAAUUUACCAAGACCUAAUUAGCUUGAUGGAACAAUGUUUGCAAAAUUAAAUACACAAUGUGACGGACAGACUCUAAGGUGACUCCAGUGAUUCUCACUCCCUGGUGUUCACACAUCUGUGUAAUCUCUCUCCCCUUGACUAUGGAUGGGACCUGUGACUUGCUUCUAACCAAUAGAAUUGGCAAAGGUGAGGGAAUGUCACACCCCAACUACCUUAUAUUAUAUAGGAAUCUGUCUUAGCAGACUGUUAACAAGAGAUUCUCUUUGUUGGCUUGAUGAGGUAAACAACCAUGUUGAAGGAGCUCACGUGGCAAGCAACUGUGCGCAGCCCCAAGGACCUGAGGGUGGCCUCCAGCUAACAGUCAGCAAGAAGCUCAGCCUUCAGUCAUACAGCCACAGUGAUAUGAAUUCUGCCCAAGACCUGAAUGAUCUUGGAAGUUUAUUCUUCCUUAGCUGAGCCUCCGCUUGAGAACACAGUCUGCUAACACUUUCACUGCAGCCUGGUGGGACCCUGAGCAGAGAGCCUAGCUAAGCCUGCCUGGACUCCUGACCCACAAAAACAGUGAGCUUAUAAAUAUGUGUCAUUUUAAGCCACUAAAUCCAUGGUAAUUUGUUACCAGCAAUAGUAAACAACGUGACCUAAAACCAAACCCAUUGCGGUUCAGUCAACU